UCGCGCAAUUCGACUCCGACUUGUCCCGGCUGCCAUUCCGUCCCCAAGCCGACUCGCCCUCCUCCGCUUUUCUAAAUCCCCCAACCCGGAACGAAAAAUUUCCCCUUCGUCCCAGUUUUUUUUUCUUUUCCACCACCACGACGACGCGGAUGGCAUCUUCUUCGUCCUAGCGCGCCGGCGGCCGCCACGCGACCGGGUUUGGGGUGGGGGGGGGGGGGGGAAAGGGGUUUCGGCUCGGUCCGGAGGAGGGGAAGUCGGCGCCCGCCCCCGCUCCCACGGCGAAUUGCAUGAUCGAGGCCCGGCGUGGGGGGUAGGAGUGAUGGAGGAGGAGGCUUCGGCGGCGGCGGCGACGGCGGCGGAGGAUUUCGACGGCGGCUUCGGCGCCGCCGGGGACAACCUGUCCAUGCCCUACAUGGACUUCAUGGCGUUCCUCGAUGACGAGGACUGGAAGGAACAGCAGCACGAGGUAAAUCAAGGUUGUUUUGAGAUGCCAGUGGGCAGCACAAGUUCUGAAAAUGCAGUUCAGAACAAUGAAGAAAUUUUUGAGAAUAAAGAAAAUUGGUCAAACUACAUGCAUACAGAUCCUUCACAUAAUCAGAUGGAUGUAAUGAUGAAGUGUAACCAUGGUGGAGAAUCUUAUGAUCACUCAGAGGAAACCCUUUCUUAUAGAUUGCCUGAGAAUGAUUUUUCUGAAAAUUCAAGGGAUGGUAACCCUGAGAAUCAGCAUUUACCGAGGGAGGCAUUAAACCAUGCUAAUACCACUGAAGAAAUUGUCCCUCUAUAUGAAGAUUGUACAAAUGGUUACUUUGGUCAGCAUUCGAUGCACUUUGACCAUACACAAGUUAGAGUAGAAAACAACUUUGAGGAAAUGGAACCACACACUAAUACUUAUUCAGCAUGCGAUAUGUUCACAGAGCAAUCUGGUUUGAGUGAAGUUAAAUGUGACACAGGUGCCAUGCUUGGUAAUUCUGAGCAGGAGGGUAAUCAUUUCACAUCAAUGCCUAUGUUUUCUCUUGACCAUAGUGCAGUUAUACCUGAUAUUCCUUAUACCGAGGUGAACAUUGGUGAUGUGCCUGGAAGCAUGCAGAAUGGGAACAGCAGUUGUUUAACUGUACAAGGAGAGUGCCUACAGGGGGAGUAUGGGGAGUAUCCUCAGCCAGGUUAUGGAUACUUUGAUGUGGCUGAUGGGGGAUCGCUGCAUGAUUUGCCACAGAACAAUCAGUCAUAUGAGAUGGAACAAUUGCAACAGAAUAUAUGUGAAAGCAGUCCAAUGCAAGCGGGCUCUCCAGAUCAAUAUUGUGAUGAUACAUCUCUGUCGGAUUGUUAUAUGGAUGAUGUAUCUUCGAUAGAUUCAAUGUCCAGCGAGCAGAACCGAUCAGAAGAGAUCUGUUUCAGGAGUGAGUCUAGCACUGACUCUUCUCCGGUGCCCUCAAGCAGAAACUCCACCACUGAGGAUGCUGAUAAAUACUUUGGGACACCACAACAUUUGCAGAAUUCCAUAUUUGUUCCUGUCAAUACCCAAAACCAACACACAUUCAUAAACUCAAGUGAUUCAAUGCCUCCAACCUUUCAUAAAAAGUAUGACAUUCCUAGAAACGGCAGUUCUUCUAUUCUGGGUACUACAUCCAGGAAUUGCUUCAGUAUAGAUUGCAGCCGUGAUUCUGAUUUAUGUAUUAUUGAGGGUAGUAGGAAUCCUGCUACUGGACAUAUAUUACCACACCAAGGAUUACAACAUAACUUCCAACAAUCUAUGUGUGCAAAUCCUAAUCUUCCUCGGUUUGGAGGGAUGAGAUACAGGCCACAUGAGGAAAGAAUGACUUUACGGCUUGCACUACAGGAUAUUUCUCAGCCGAAGUCUGAGGCUAAUCCACCUGAUGGGGUUUUAACAGUUCCUUUAUUGAGGCAUCAGAAAAUAGCAUUGGCAUGGAUGGUACAAAAGGAGAGAAAUGGUUCGAGUUGCUCUGGUGGAAUUCUUGCAGAUGAUCAGGGCCUGGGUAAAACAGUGUCGACUAUAUCACUGAUUUUGACAGAAAGGUCACCAGCUCCAUGUUCAGCUGUUAAGCAAGAGCCAUGUGAAGCUGUAACUCUUGAUGAUGAUGAUGAUGAGGAGGAUGACUCUACUGAGCCUCAUUUGAAGAAACCAUUGCUAGCACAUCUAGCAGAUACAUGUAAACCUGAAGUGAUAAGUACUACAGUUAAGUCAGAAAGUCCUCUUGGAAAUAUUAAGGUUGCUAGACCAGCUGCUGGGACUCUGGUUGUUUGCCCCACGAGUGUGCUACGGCAGUGGGCAGAUGAACUGAGGAAUAAAGUCACUAGUAAAGCUAACUUGACCUUUUUAGUGUAUCAUGGUAGCAACCGCACAAAGGAUCCUAAUGAUCUUACUAAAUAUGAUGUUGUGUUAACCACAUAUUCUAUAGUAAGCAUGGAAGUACCAAAACAAUCAAGUCCUGAUAGUGAUGAUGAAGAGAAAGGGAAGCCUGACAGAUAUGGUGCCCCUGUUGGCUCUUCAGGAAGCAAAAAGAGGAAGGCUUCUUCUAAGAAGAACAAAAGUGUUAGCACACCAGAGAGUAAAUUGCCUGAGAAACCUCUAGCAAAGGUUUCAUGGUUUAGAGUUAUCCUUGACGAAGCACAAAGUAUUAAGAACUAUCGAACCCAGGUUGCUAGAGCAUGCUGGGGUCUGCGAGCCAAACGAAGAUGGUGUUUGUCAGGGACACCUAUACAGAAUGCCAUUGAGGAUCUCUAUAGUUAUUUCAGAUUUUUGAGAUAUGAUCCAUAUGCUGAAUACAAAAAAUUUUGCUUCAUGAUAAAAACACCAAUCAGCAGGAACCCAGUUACUGGGUACAAGAAGCUUCAGGUUGUUUUGAAGACAGUAAUGCUGAGGCGAACAAAAGCAACGAUGCUUGAUGGAAAACCUAUAAUUUCAUUACCCCCAAAGACUGUCUCUCUUAAGACAGUGGACUUCACUUGUGAGGAGCGUGCUUUUUAUAACACUCUUGAAGCGGAAUCACGAGAGCAGUUCAAGGAGUAUGCAGCUGCUGGUACUGUCAAGCAAAAUUAUGUAAAUAUCCUGCUGAUGCUUUUACGGCUCAGACAGGCAUGUGAUCACCCUCACUUAGUUCGAGGCCAUGAGUCUACUUCUAGUCGGAUGUCUUCAUUGGAGAUGGCAAAGAAGCUACCAGUGGAAAGGCAAGAAUCACUGCUGAUUUGCUUGCAGUCUUGUUCUGCGUUAUGUUCUCUCUGCACUGAUGCACCAGAAGAUGCUAUUGUUACUAUAUGUGGUCAUGUUUUUUGCAACCAAUGCAUACUAGAGCAUCUUACUGGUGAUGACAGCGUAUGUCCAGUGUCCAAUUGCCGAGUCCGACUAAAUUCAACUUCCUUAUUCUCCAGAGGCACCCUUGAGUGUGCUCAGAGUGGAUCAACCUGUGAGUUGCUAUCUAACGAUUCCGAUGUAGACGUGUUGCAAGAAAAGCAACCUAGAUUUGAUUCGUCUUAUGCAUCUUCCAAAGUAAGAGCUGCCCUGGAUAUUCUUCUCUCGUUGCCACAACUGGAUUUCACCCAUACGAGUGAUGACAAAAGUAAAAUUGUGCAUCCUGACAUGAUCAAUGGGAAUAGUUCUUCUGAAUAUAUUGACACCAAGACAACUGAGAAGGCCAUUGUUUUCUCUCAAUGGACUAGAAUGCUGGAUUUGCUAGAGGUUCAUUUGAAAUCUUCUAAUGUCACUUAUCGGAGACUUGAUGGAACAAUGUCUGUCGCAGCUCGGGAUAGAGCUGUAAAAGAUUUCAACACAAAUCCAGAGGUUUCUGUUAUGAUUAUGUCUCUCAAAGCUGCAAGCCUUGGUCUGAAUAUGGUGGCGGCCUGCCAUGUGCUUUUGCUUGACCUUUGGUGGAAUCCUACUACAGAAGACCAAGCUGUUGACAGGGCGCAUCGUAUUGGUCAAACUCGACCUGUUACGGUGUCACGGUUAACCAUAAAAGAUACCGUGGAAGAUCGUAUCCUUGCUCUCCAGGAGAAAAAGCGGGAAAUGGUUGCUUCUGCAUUUGGGGAAGACAAAUCUGGUGCCCAUCAAACUAGAUUGACGGUGGAGGACUUGAAUUAUUUGUUCAUGGUUUAGUAUUUCUCCUCGGAUUGGACACAAUUUUGCCCAUGGGAUGGUGUAACAAGCAACGAUAGAUGAAAUAUGUCGGGAUAUAAUUUCUCUAGGCAUCUAGCGUUUUUAGUUUGUACAGGUGCUCAGAUUUUGUAGUUAAAAGGUGGCAUUGUGGUGCUUAGACCAUCCGAUUCAUUUUUUUUCCCAGUGCAAGUAGAUAGUUAACCUCAUCAAGUAAUUUUUCAAUGAGCUGCAGUGGUGUCUUUUAACUAUAUCAUGAAGAUACAAAGGUUAGCCAUAUUUGUACAUAGUCUUCACCAGCAUAUCUUAACUCAGCUUGAGCUUUUCAGCAUUUCCUCCGAAUGGUUGUACAUCACAAACCAUGUAAAAAUUGAGCUGAAUUUGUCUCUUGAACAAUUAUUUUCAGUUCAUUAAACAUGACAGUUUAUGG